UGAAUGCUACACAUUGUUUUAAUACCAAUCAUUGUAUGAGCACCAAAAAAAAAAAAAUCGAAUAGAGAAAAAGAAAUUCGUUUGUGAUAUUCGAUCCAAUUAACGAAAAAUGGAUUCAAAAAUGGAGCUUGUGAAGCCAGUUGAUUUAGAAUGUAUCGAUUUACAGCGAUAUCUUAAAAGUAAACCAACAACUGUGAUCGAAUCAUUGUACAAUCAUCCCAGUAUUUGUUUGGCUGUUUAUCGUGAAUUACCCGAAAUCGCUCGUCAAUUUGUAAUUCGAAUUCUAUUUGUCGAGCAACCGGUGCCUCAGGCCGUAAUUGCAUCAUGGACCUCACAACUGCAUUCAAAAGAACAUUCAGCCGCAACAAGUACACUAACCGAUUUGGUUAUUUGGCGUUCCGUUGCAAUUCAGGGUGGACUACCGGCAUGGGAACUAAUGCCAACAUUCAAAAAGAAUUUAAAGAUUGCCUUGUUGGGUGGCGGACGACCGUGGAACAUGUCAAACACAUUGGAUCCGGAUGCAAAAGCACGUGAUAUUCAAUUUUUGGACAAUUAUGCGAUGAGCCGAUGGCGUUGUGUUUUGCACUAUAUGGUCGGUGCGAGCGGAGCACUCAAAGAUACAGAACUGGAAGGUAUUUCAGCGGACGCGGUUCGAAUAUUGCUGAGUGCAAAUCUGAUGAAACGAGACGAUACGGAUGGCGUACCAGUGAUUACACGACAAGGUUUUCAAUUUUUAUUGCUCGACACACAAUCUCAAGUAUGGUAUUUUAUGCUUCAAUAUUUAGAUACGUGUGAACAAAGAAAGCUCAAUUUGUCCGAAUGUUUAUCGAUGUUGUUUCAAUUGAGCUUCUCAACACUGGGCCGUGACUAUAGCACAGAGGGUAUGUCAGAAAGUUUAUUAGUAUUUUUACAACAUUUGCGAGAAUUUGGAUUAGUUUAUCAACGGAAACGAAAGGCGGGCCGGUUCUAUCCAACAAGGUUGGCAUUAAAUAUAUCAAGUAAGCAAUCGGCUGUGGCGGCCAUCACAUCCGAAAACGAAUGCGCUCAGGAGAGAUGUAACAUUAUUGUCGAAACAAAUUACCGAGUUUAUGCAUACACAGAUUCAAAUCUUCAAGUUGCUCUGCUCGGCCUAUUCACCGAAUUAUUGUAUCGCUUUCCGAAUUUGGUGGUUGGAGUUCUGACGCGAGAUAGCAUCCGACAAGCAUUCCGUGGCGGUAUCACAGCAGAUCAGAUUAUUUCGUAUUUAGAACAACAUGCCCAUCCAACGAUGCUGUCAAAUGAAAGUACAAGCAUAAAAACAGCAUCGCUGCUACCACCAACGAUUGUCGACCAAAUAAAAUUGUGGGAAAAUGAACGUAAUCGAUUCACAUACACCGAAGGCGUAGCGUACAAUCAGUUCCUAUCACAAAGUGAUUUCAUCUCGCUGCGCGACUAUGCACAAUCCAUCAACGUAUUAAUGUGGCAUAAUGAACGAACACGCACAAUGGUCGUGACGAAAAAUGGACACGAAGAUGUGAAAAAGUUUUGGAAACGCUAUCAAAAAGGCAGCUCAUAAGUGAAACAUGAAAUGACACAUUUAUUACGUUAGAUUUAAGGGCUUUUUUUUCAUGUAUCCGCUCGGAUUUUUUUUUUCUUCUUUUGAUUUUCUUGAAAUUUACACUUGUUGAUAGACUAUUAGAAAAUAAAUUUGAAAAUUGAAUUGUUAACGUCGCAUAGCAAAUUAAAAACGUUUAUGAUGAUUCAAAAGGUA